AUGGGAAGACAUUCUUGUUGUUAUAAGCAAAAGCUGAGAAAAGGCCUUUGGUCUCCUGAAGAAGAUGAGAAACUUCUCAAUUACAUAACUAGACAUGGUCAUGGCUGUUGGAGUUCUGUCCCUAAACUUGCAGACGAAGAAAGCUUGAUCAUUGAGCUCCAUGCUGCGUUAGGCAACAGAUGGUCUCAGAUCGCAACACGGUUACCAGGAAGAACAGACAACGAGAUCAAGAACUUCUGGAACUCAUGUCUUAAGAAGAAGCUGAGAAGAAAAGGCAUCGACCCAACAACACAUAAACCCUUAAUAAUAAGCGAGCUUCAAUCUCUUAACGUCAUAGAUCAGAAGCUGACGUCAUCGGCUACUUUAGAAGUAGUAAAGUCAACGGGUUCGUUAAACCCGCAUGAUCAGUCCACGGGCGUCUCAUCGCAACCAGGGCCGUGGUGGUUCCCGACUACACCGACGGCUAAUCAAAACGCUGCGUUUUGCUUAAGUACUGCUAUGAUGACUCCAACGGUUUCAGACCAGAUCGUAUCUUUAAUCUCUUCAAUGUCCACGUCAUCAUCUCCGACACCAAUGGCUUCAAACUUCAAUCCUGUUCCAAACAACUGGGAAGUACUCAACUACUGCAACACAGUUCCAUCUCAAACCAACAGUAUCUACAGUGCCUUCUUCGGUAAUCAUUACACUGAAGCUAGCCAAAUCAUGAACAAUAAUAAUAAUCCAGUAGUAGUGGAUCAUCAUCACCAUAAUCAAGACAUGAAGUCAUGGGCAUCAGAGAAUAUUCUUCAAUACACAGAACAUAACCAAAGCUCAGAGACUGGUUUCGAACCAGAAGUGAAGCCAGACAUAGCCAAGUACUACUGGAGAUCAGCAUCAUCAUUGUCAUCACCAAACCAAGAUGCUGCAACAUUACUUCAUGAUGCUGACGUGGAGGUGUAUGGUAAAAACCUACAAAAACUUAAUAACAUUGCGUUUGAUCAGUGCCUUUAG